AUGCUGACGACUCGGAAAUGCUUGAGGCCUACAAGCCUUCGAAGUAGCUUAUCGGCUCUCGAAUUGAUGGCACCAUAUCAUUCAAGCAAGUCGCUUGUUUCGACUAGAGCGUUCUGGUCAAAUGCACAAUCACAAGGCUGUUGCUAUAGGGAAGCCAAAGGACGCACACCCUCCUACACUUCGAGUCUACACGGAACAAGACGGCAGCACAGGGUCCAACUAAGUGGUCGGUCUAGAGUGAAGCUUUUGUCAGGCUCUCAAUUCUGGAGAUCAGCUAGCUAUUGGAGGAAGCCCCUCGUAUUGCAUGGGAAAGAACAAACUGUAUUGGAGAAUCAUAUCGAAGAUUGGUGGCGUCGAUGGGAUAAGCAGCAUGCUAAGAAGUUUGAGGAUCUUGCCAAAAGGCUUGAGACAGAUCCAUAUGAAGCAUUGUUCGGGGCGUCGAAUCGAUGCCUUCGCUGGUCGAACGAAGGGCCGGACACAGUAAGGACCUGCAGAUCUUCGGAAGCUGCUGAAGGGUUGAGAGGCCCUUGGGACGAGGCCGUGUCUCAGGUCAAACACCGUGUCAAUGGUGGAACAAAAACGCCAAAGAGUGCGCCUGCUGAACUGCAAGAGUACGAAAUUGAUCCAAUAACACUAUAUAAAGUACCUAAAGCAGUCGCUAGCACCAAGUCAAAAAUUGAACCACCUUCACGCACUUCAGAGUCGAAGUCAAACGACGUUCCCGUCAAAAAGUUCAAAUCCUCCUCUGCGAAUGUGGAACCGACUGUCCCAGGCAACAUCCCAUCGACUCAAUCUGACAUCUACCGAAACACCACUGCUCGGGACUGGCUCACUCAAGAAGGAUUUCGCUUUAGUGAUUCAAUAACAGAGUCUGGGAAGAACACAGACUUGAUAUCAGACAUUGAUUUGUCGAAAAUAUCAAAGGUUGAGAGCGCUUUGGAUCGCCAUGUUAGGAAAAAGGGAUCUGAGUUAUCCACCCAGUCAUCUCCUAACUGUGAACCACAAGCCCAACAAAAUCGCAAGGAUGAUGUUGAUCUUCUUCGAGCAAGCGACGUGAGAGCAUCAGCUGGACUCAGGGGUCGCCCACUCAAGGAGGAUCUUUCUCAGAAGCAAGCUCGGCAGAAGUCGCUAGAGGCGAGAUUUGACAGACCGCCAUCGGUGCUGGAGGGUAAGCUCGCCGAGGAAUUAGCUCAAAGUGCCAUUCGGCGGAGAGAGAUUGCGAGUCGUCCAGAAGCACGUCACUCUGAUACAAAAGAUGUUGCUCAAGCAGCACGUGAAGCUUCUCGGGAUGAUAGUCGUCCACCACAAAGCAAACGAGAGCCAACGCCUGAAUGUGCGCCGAAUUAUUCAAUACUAACGAGCAGCCACAUCAAUGCUAUUAGGUCAAAGCUAGUACCUCUAAAACAGAAUAUCGAUCGUUUGAGCGAAGACUAUACCUACUUGAAAAAGCGUAUACUUGAUGAGAAACAUCGCAUUCAAGAGGCUCGUAGGAGGAACGCGGCGACCAAAGCUAAGCAAUUACUUGACCAGGAGGUCAGCAAGCAGAAAGAUGCAAUGUUAAAUAUGGAAUGCCAUCGAUCCCAGAAACCAAGGAGCAAUCUCCUGGAGUCUGCUCCACCCGAAGAUGGCAUCCGAGGAGAAGGAGACGUGGCAAGCAAUAUCCACGAAUUUUUGAAUCGGCCAAGAUGGUAUAAGAGAAAAGCUCCCCAUGCUCAGUGCGAAAUGGACGCGAAGUUUCAUCGCCUUGCGGCGGAGAAGGCCCUGGUCAGAGAAAUUCGAGAUAUCUACGAAGACGCUUAUGGUAAAAUUGGGACAGAGCACCACCAAUUCAGCAAUUCAAGUAUUGCAACGCGUACAGAGGAAGCAGGAAGCCCGCAGAUGACCGGUUCCGUACCUCCAGGAUGGAUGACACAAGGUGUUUCUCCCGAGAGACAGCCGAAUGAGCGACGACCCACGGUAGAACUAACCAGCAAUUCAAGGGCAGAGGCUGUCGAAAAUUCCCCACCAGCACCUAACUUCGAAAAGAAGGAAGCCACCGCACUGGAACUCACCAAAGACCUCAAGAGUAUAUUCGCUACUGCAGCGACGUUGACAGGCGACGAGUUACGUGCUGUAUUGCGUGAAGGAUGGUAUAAAAUGGCGAGCCUUGCGGAUCUAGCCCAAGGCAAUGUGUCAAAGCCUGCCAAACAACUGGAGACUGGAUCACAAGUAUCAAAUGCUUUGAGCACAGUAUCCAUCUCAAAUGAUACCACCAAUACCGCGGACUUUUCAUUGUAUCGGAUACUCGCGUACGAUAGCUCAGCACAAAAAGUCAACUCUGCUAAAUUUUCAUCCCAGCACCUCAUGGAUGAGACCACGCUGACACCUCCACAAGCGUUCCAAACACUCUCCAAUCCCGGCAAAUUCUUACCACAUCUUACCAAUCUUUACAACAAAGGUUACGACGUUGUUUCUGGUGGCAAUGAUAUCCUAGUCCUCAAAAAGACGCGCGAGCUCGUUACAUCCAAGGAAGACUACCAUCAUCGUCCAAACCCGAUCGACGGCACCACAACGCCAGAAGUGUCGACCGGAAACUUCGCUUCACCAACUGGCUUCGUAAACCAUAAUCCGAUCAUACCGCCAGAGGAACAACAGCAAGAAGUUGGACCUGUAUUACCUCGUUCUCAGGGCAAAAUGCGCCGCGAAGAGGAAGUAUUUUCGGCUGGAGAAAACCAGAGAUGGCAAGAGAAAAGACGCAGAAGCAGGAACCACAGAAGGAGGGCAAGCAGGAGGAGUCGGAUCAAAUGGAUGUUGCUCACUGGCACAAUGACUGCUGCAGCUUGCUACGGUGUUGGCGUGUACUUGGAGUAA